UAUUUUUGACAUUGCAUAACCUCUAGAGAGAGUUCAGCCGGUUGAGAUCGGGUUUUCUCCUUGAAUAGUCCAUAAACAAGAGUUGCUUUCGAAGGAUUUAUCCUGCCCCAGGCUGUUAUCAAUUCCAUAACCAUCAUGAAGAACAAAAAGGGACACAAAACCAGGAAACAAUUGCUCGGUGAGAAGGAAGCGGCGUCGAAACGCCUGGUGGACAAUGCAAAUGCCCAGAAAAAUCCUCUGGAAACCUUGGAAAAAUUCCACAGCUACUCAGCACCAGAUGGAACGAUGUUUGAUCUUCAGUGUUCCAAAGUCGGAGAUCUUCCUGGGGAGACUCUCUCCUGGGUCUUUGGCAUCAUGGAGAGGAAUAUGAAGUCAAUGUACGAGAAGUCCAAGUGGGGAUGGAACACGAGCUCCAAGAGGAAUGAGUUGACUGAUCCCUUGGCUUGGUACCUCACUGCUAGAGCAGGGGACGAGCUCGUGGCUUUCUCACACUUCCGUUAUGACCUGGAUGACAAAGUGGAGGUUCUCUACUGUUAUGAACUUCAGCUGGAAGAGAAGGUGAGGAGAAAAGGACUGGGAAGGUUCAUGAUGAAGUGUCUAGAGGAUCUAGCUGCUGAUAGUUGCAUGAAGAAGGUCGUUUUGACUGUUUUCAAACAUAAUCCUGAGGCCAGAUCGUUUUACGAAGCUCUAGGUUACAAAUUGGAUAGGACAAGCCCUGGAGACUGGGAGAGUCUUGACUACAUCAUAAUCAGCUGAUGCUUACAUCCUCAAUGGCCAGUUUCUGUGCCUUUCCUCGGGGGGAGAACGUCAGGUCGAGCAAUAGGUACAUCAUCAGACAACAGGCGAGGAUUCCACCUGCUCCAAGCACAGCAAACAGUUUAAAGUAGCGAAACGUCAUUUGGGUUCGCAUUAUGUUUAGCAGUCACGAUACAGUUGUUAAUUAUGAUUUUUGAUUAUUGUUAUGCAGCCGUCAGUUUACAGCACCGUUAAGUGCUACGACGACAAACACCCGAUCAUUUAAACGGAAGUACGUGUCUGCUGACUCAAACUGAUCGACGCUUUUCUUCAUGAUUUUACAUUUUUUUUUAUCUGCGUUGAUAGCUAUUUAUCUUUUUCGGGAAUUUUUUUACAAGUUUUGAGUUUAUGUUUGAGAAGCCCAGGGGUUAUCUUUAGGAUUUCGUGCACCGUGGCUGACGGAUUCGAUGAGGUAGAGGGCAGAU